AUGAAUGCAUUUAAUCGCAAUACAUGCCUUGAGGAUACACGGGUCGAGGUCCUGAAUGAGAUAAUGGACUGGCUCCUAUCGGACACUACGCAAAAUAUCUUGUGGCUUCACGGUGUAGCGGGAUGUGGCAAAAGCGCGAUUGCCACGACUAUCGCGGAAUACUGCCGAGAAAUGUCACGGCUUGGGGCUUUUGUUUUCUUUAGGAGAGCGGACGGCACAGAAGACCAGCUUAUUUCGCUAUUCCGAACAAUUGCAUUCCAGCUAGUGAUGUUUGAUUCGUCUAUAGUGAAAUACGUCAAGGCUGUGGUCAAGAAGAGUGACCAUGUCACUGAGGCCGUCGCCGAGGUCCAAUUCAAGAAGCUUCUUUUGGACCCACUUACUGCAGCGCGGGACGAAAUGCAAGGCCCUGUCGUGAUUAUCCUCGAUGCAUUGGAUGAAUGUGGUACACCUGAGGCUCGAAGGACAUUGAUGACACUUCUUAGACGGGAGUUUGGAAGGCUGCCUCCUAAUUUCCGAUUCCUCAUUACAAGCCGACCAGAGGCUGAUAUCAAUGUGGCAUUGUCGCCAAAUGUAAAUAGUUCUGUAUAUGAACUUGCCUUAGAUUCGCGCUCGGAUAAUAGCCGACAAGAUGUUCUGCGCUAUAUUGAUCACGAGAUCAGCGUCAUCUUCGAGGAUUUAGGGCUCGAUAUACCGGAUGAAUGGGGCACAUAUAUGGAUCAGCUUGCAGAGGCUUCAGAGGGCCUGUUCAUUUGGGCGUCAACAGCGAUUAAUCUGAUUAAGGGCAACCCCAGCCCAUUUGACGAACUCGAGAGUAUUGUUGGGAAGUCGCAUCUACUUCGCGGUCUCGACCGGUUGUAUGGAUCGAUCCUUAGGAGCUCUGGAGUCGUUUCAGAGUGCUACCCCGCAUCUAUUACUCACUUCUGUCAAAUAUUUGGUCUCAUCCUAUUGAGCAAUGCACCACUUUCGGACACUGCGAUUGAUUCAAUCCUAGGGUUAUCGCCCAGAAACUCAGCACGAUUAAUUCUUUCCAAAUUGCGGAGCGUUAUCGCUUUCACCCCUGGAGAGCCUGUGCAUCUUCUCCAUACAUCAUUUGCCGACUAUCUCUUAUCAAAGCCUUGCCCAAAGCCAUGCUUGGCACACAAGGGACCCAGUGACUGUCUGUCCGGCCGCUGGUUCAUUGACGAGUCUUCCCAACAGUCGGACAUUGCUAUGCGAUGCUUCAUUGUUAUGGAGGAAGCGCUUCAUUUUAAUAUGUGUGAUCUGGAAUCGUCUUUCAUAUACAACAAGGAUGUCACUGGCAUCGAGGAUCGUAUAAACAAGAAGCUAACGCCGCAUCUACAAUAUGCGUGCAAGUACUGGGCACAACACGUCGUCAAUGCACCGUACUCACGCGAGCUGUUGGAUGAGUUAACGAAAUUUGCACGUAAGCGGCUGCUGUACUGGUUUGAGGCGAUUGGACUACUAGGCCUGGUACGUAGUAUCGCGAGUCGGGCGCUCCUGGACGCCGCUGCGUGGUCCGAAGAGCAUGAUUCAGACAUUUCUUCGUUCUUAAGGGAUGCUAGCAGACUCGCCUCUACAUUCACCAUUCCGAUGACUGAAAGCGUCCCGCAUAUCUACGUCUCCAUGCUCCCGCUCAUGAAGGACGAUUCAGAAGUGGCAGCGCACUACUUGAAACAGACAUCUCGGAUGGUGGAGGUGGAUCGCAUAGGGACGAAGAGGCCGCCGCUCUGGUUAAAGGUACUGGAGGGCCACUUGGGUACUGUUCAGUCUGUCUCAUUCUCGCCCGAUGGUGAGUGUGUUGCUUCGGGCUCUGAUGACCGGACAGCCAGAAUCUGGAACGUUGAGAGUGGUGAGGUGCUAUGCGAAUUUUCUGAGGGGAACGGAGCGGAGGUCAAUUCUGUCGUAUUCUCGCCAGACGGCCGCCGUAUCGCCUUUGGGACAUGUCGUGGGACAAUCUCGAUCUGGGACAUUGAGUCGAAGGAGCUAGUGUCGGGGCCAUUUAAAGGACAUACUGGCAGUGUGCGGGGCGUUGCAUUUUCUCCUGAUGGAAUGCACAUUACCUCAGGCUCGGCGGACACAACAAUAAGAGUAUGGGACAUCGAGAAGGCAUCUACUCUUCGUGUUCUUGAGGGGCAUACAGCUAGCGUCUGGUCUGUCGCUUUCUCUUCUGACGGGAACUGCAUCGUUUCGGGCUCCGAGGACAAGACACUUCGAGUCUGGGACCCAGAGACGGGACAGGCCAUUGGCAAGCCCUUUGUAGGACACACUGACGGAGUUCAAUGCGUGGCAAUUUCACCCGAUUGCAAAUGCAUUGUCUCCGGCUCAAAUGAUUUCACGGUGAGAGUCUGGGGAAUGGAGAGCGAGAAAGUCGUCGCCGGCCCAUUUUGGCAUUUAACUUUUGUCAAAUCUGUCGCAUUUUCGUCUGACGGAAGGCGUGUAGUGUCGGCGUCCGACGAUUUCUCAAUUGUUGUAUGGGAUAUGGAAAGUGGUGACAUUGCUUCUGGCCCUUUUACUGGUCACACAGAUACUGUAAUCUCUGUUGCCUUCUCCCCUGACGGGUCACGCAUCGUCUCAGGAUCACGGGACAAGACUGUCAGACUCUGGGACGCACAUAUAGGCAAAAUGGUUUCCGACACAUCUACCGGGCACACAGCAGCAGUCAUGGCCGUUGCGUUUUCUCCAGAUGGCAGCCGGAUAGUGUCGGGUGCUAAUGAUAAAACAGUAAGAAUCUGGGAUGCUAAUACGGCAGAAGCUGCUUCUGCUCCGUUUGAGGGACAUACUGAUCAUGUCAAUUCUGUGGCUUUCCGGCGUGAUGGAAAACAGAUUGUCUCUGGUUCUGAAGAUAAGUCUGUUAUUGUCUGGGACGUAGAAAGUGGUAAGAUGGUGUUCAAGCCAUUCAAAGAGCACGUGGAUAUUGUCAACUUGGUUGCCUUCUCUCCUGACGGCACACGCAUCGUCUCUGGCUCUAGAGACAGAACCAUCAUUAUCUGGAAUGCUGAAAAUGGAAACAUGAUUGCUCAAUCGGAACGAGUGCACGGGUCCGCGAUUGGGGCUGCUAUCUUCUCACCAGAUGGUGCGAUUAUUGCAUCGGUGUCUGUCAACAAUGAUGUUGUCAUCUGGAACACCGAAAACGGGAAAUGUAGCGGUGAGAUCGUCCCUGGACCUUGGAAAGGACACAACGACACAGUCACGUCUAUUGCGUUUUCACCUGACGGAGUAUAUCUCGUUUCCGGAUCGGAAGAUCGGAAGAUUAUUGUCUGGAAUGCCAGCAAUGGAAAUAUCGUUUCUGGGCCAUAUGAAGGACAUUCUAAUGGCAUUACUUGCGUUGCCUUGUCGCCAGAUGGUUCGCGUAUUGUGUCCUGCUCUUGGGACACAACGAUUCGCAUUUGGAAUGUACCAGGCAAGGAAGACAUUUCCUCAAUGACCGGAAACUCAGCAAGCGAUGCGGCUGCCCCAUGUUCAUCCAUGCAAGACGUCAACGGACGGUUUGCAAGUUGGACCCUUUCAGACAAUGGAUGGGUAUUAAGUGCACAAGACGAGUUGCUUUUAUGGCUUCCGCCCGACAUUCGCCCGACACUCUGGCGGCCACAGGACGCAGCAGUUUUCAGUUGCGAGUUUUCCACAAAGCUCAAUUUCAGGAAUGUUGCAUAUGGCAAAAGUUGGCGGGAAUGUUUCAACCGGUAUGUAUGA